GCUAUUGGUAGUGUAGUUCCACUAAAAGUAACCAGAAAGUUACCAAACUACGCAGACAUAACCUACAAUAUUUGCAACCUCUUCAUAAGAUAAAAACUUAAAAAAUCGAAUAAUUUCAUACUAUUUACGAUAAAUUAGAACAAUGGCGGAUAGAUUAACACAAUUACAAGAUUGCAUUAACCAGCAAGCUGAACACUUUUGUAACAGCAUUGGAAUUCUCCAACAAUUCGCGUCACCGAGCAAAUUCGGCAGCGGCGGAUCACAAACUCCUCAACAACAAUCACAGGAAGAUUAUGUGCAGUUAUUCACAACGCUAAUCGCACGAUGUGCAAAAGAUAUUGAUACUUUAAUAGAAUCACUUCCAAGUGAAGAAAACUCCACUGAAUUACAACUAAAAAGCCUACAAGUCCUGGAAGGUGAGAAUCAGGACGCUGCCGGGCGUUUAGAGAAUAUUGUACAGCAUGGCCAGCAAAUUUUGGAGAAAAUUCAAGAAGCUUUGAGUGACAUUGCACAGGCACAGCUUGAUAUGCAGAAUAUGAGCAAGUUGAAUCUCCAGCAGGAUGCAACACCAGCAACAACAUCAUCGUCGACAUCGAUUAGUACCCGGCAAGCAUCAUCAAUAAAUCUAUAGAGUUAUCGAAGAAAUUAA